AGCGGUGAUGUUAGAGCCGAAGAGGCGUUGAUACAACAUCCGAACCUGUCUGUUUCGCUAGGUAAAGAAGCUGAAGCUGCCCAGGCGCAAUCUAAUCUUAUCUCAACCGGUGUCGACCAGACGUCAACAGAAGCGGUGUAUGAAAGCGCCUUUCAAUACCGACCAAGGCGGGAUAGAAAGGCACCAUCCCCGCAUCCUGCAAACCCUCUUCGCCUCGUUCUCCCCCAUAUCUUCCCAAAGCAGGGACAGAGCGCGACUCUCAUCGGCAAGCUGGUAGCUGUCACCACACAAGUCCACCGCACACCUGCUCAUCGCCAGUCCCCUCCUGCGCAACCCAACUUUUCCAUCAACCAGCGCAAAGACUAGCCCAGCUCUCCACAUUCUCUCCAACCUCAAAAGGCAAAUGCUGCUCGAUCUGCCGCGAUACAUCCACAUUCUGGUGCUCCGUUCCAGCAUGGGCCAGACAAUGCCCCUCCACAUUCAGCCAGCCUGCCCCGGCUCUGCGCAGGGUUUCGUGGAUCGUGUUUGUCUAUAUAAUGGAGGAGGAGAACACUGGGACUGUCCCAAACACGCCUGGAAUGUCUCCGAAGUGGUGACCUGUCUAGACAUACAGGAUGCAUUCCCCCCUGUUUGGCAUCCUCGCCACCCUCACAGCUGUCCGUGCUGCCACCCUGAAUAACGUUUGCUCGGUCUCUUACGUCAAAGCCCAUCUCCCACCGCCUGGCUUCUACCAGGGAGUCACCCUCAGUCCGUCUUCGGUGACGGCAAACCCGGUGACCGGUGUCAAGGUGGUGGACAACGACUUCUAUCCCGAUGCAGUCUUCGACUAUUGCAACGUCAGCUUCACGUAUUCGCACGACGGCCUGGAUGACCAAGUGCUCCUCACCUACUGGCUUCCGGCGCCGGCCCAGUUCCAGAACCGCUUUCUGGCCACGGGCGGCGGCGGGUAUGCCAUCAAUUCGGGCAAUCAAUCUCUCCCCGGCGGCGUCAUCUACGGCGCCGUCGCCGGCAUGACCGACGCCGGGUUUGGCGCCGCCCAGGGCAACACGAUCACGCAGUGGCUGGCAGCGAACGGCACCCUGAACUGGCACAACAUCUACAUGUUCGGGUACCAGGGCAUCCGCGAGAUGAGCGAGCUGGGCAAGCAGUUCACCAAGAGCUUCUUCAACCUGACCCGGACCAACACCACGCUGUACACGUACUGGCAGGGCUGCUCGGAGGGCGGCCGCGAAGGGUGGAGCCAGGUGCAGCGCUACGCGGACUCGUUCGACGGCGCCGUGAUCGGCGCCCCGGCCUUCCGGUGGUCCUUCCAGCAGACCCAGCUCCUGUACCCGGACGUGGUGGAGCAGACGAUGGGCUACUACCCGUCCCCGUGCGAGCUGCAGAAGAUCGUCAACGAGACCAUCGCCCACUGCGACCCGCUGGACGGGAGAACGGACGGCGUCGUCGCCCGGACCGACCUGUGCUCGAUGAACUACGACAUCGCCGCCGUUGAGGGCCAGCCGUAUCACUGUCCCGCGACGCCCGCGUCCCCGGGCUCCCCCGCGACCCCGGUCCAGCAGGGCAACGUCACGAAGCAGGCCAUCGCCGUGGCGAAGAAGAUCCUCGACGGCCUGCACGACAGCCAGGGCCGGCGGGUGUACUUCGCGCCGACGCCGAGCGCGCAGUUCACCGAGGCGCAGACGGGGUGGGACGCGACGGCGAACCGGUGGGGCCUCUCGGUCAUCAGCCUGGGCGGCGUCUUCGUCGAGGUGGAGCUCGACCUGCUCAACGGGACCAACGUGCCGGACCUGGCCGGGGUCACCUACGACACGCUGAAGGGGUGGAUCGUCGAGGGCAUGCAGCGCUUCCAGGGGGUGCUGGAGACGACGUGGCCGGACCUGACGCCGUACCGCGACGCCGGGGGCAAGGUGCUCAUGUUCCACGGCGAGUCGGACUGGGGCAUCCCGACGGCGUCGUCGGUGCGGUACUGGGAGUCGGUGCGGCGGACCAUGCACCCGGGCGCGGGGUACAACGCGUCGGCGGCCGCGCAGAACGACUUCUUCCGCCUCUUCCUCGUGCCCGGCGCGACGCACUGCGCCGCCAACCCGGCCGAGCCCGGAGCGCCAUUCCCCCAGACCAACCUCGCCGUCAUGAUCGACUGGGUCGAGCGCGGCGUCGUCCCGCACACCCUGAACGGCACGGUGCUGCUGGGCCCCGACAAGGGCCGGAACCAGCAGAUCUGCGCCUGGCCGCUGAGGCCCGUGUGGGCGCCCGGGAACGCGACCGGUCCGCAGUGCCGCUACGACCAGAAGAGCGUGGAUUACUGGAACUACGACCUGGACGCCUUCAACGUGCCCAUAUACUGA